CCUGGGCGGCCGCCGCUGACGUCAGGCCCCGGCCCCGGCGCGAGCGGCCCCGGUUGAGGGACGGGGCGGCGGCGGGAGAGCGGCAGGAGCGGGGUGUGGGACAACUCCUACUCUCUGCCAGGUUUUGAUUGGCUUUCCAAAGAGGCAGUGUCCUAUAAAUUGCCUUCUCUGCUCUGCUUCUGCCUUAUCACCAGCUGAGGCCCAGCACACCUGAAAGAGGAAGAUGCCAGUCAUCAGGAACCUGGGCAGAGCUGCCAGCCAGCUGCUGCAGAGCUCUGGCUGUGGCUGUGGGGGGUCCCUUGUGCCUGUCAGGGCCAUCGGGGUGUCCCCACGCCAGGUGGCCUCGGACGCCAGCUUCCACUCGGUGACGUUCUCCGAGUCGGAUCAUCCCCGGGUGCUAAUCACAGGUGGUCUUGGCCAGCUCGGGGUGGGACUUGCAAAGCUGCUGAGGAAACGCUUUGGAAAGAACAAUGUGAUCUUGUCUGACAUUAGAAAGCCUGCAGAUAAUGUUUUUUACAGUGGUCCUUUCAUCUUCGCAGAUAUCUUGGACUACAAGAACCUGCGGGAGAUCGUGGUGAACAACCGCAUCACGUGGCUGUUCCACUACAGCGCCCUGCUCAGCGCCGUGGGAGAGGCCAACGUGCCCUUGGCCAGGGCUGUCAACAUCACUGGUUUACACAAUGUUCUGGAUAUUGCAGCUGAGCAUAAUUUGAGGCUCUUUGUUCCAAGCACCAUUGGAGCCUUUGGACCCACCUCUCCUCGAGAUCCAACUCCUGAUCUCUGCAUUCAGAGACCAAGGACAAUCUAUGGAGUCUCCAAGGUCCACGCUGAGCUCAUGGGAGAAUACUACCACUACCGCUAUGGCCUGGACUUCCGCUGCCUCAGGUAUCCAGGGAUUAUCUCUGCAGAUUCCCAGCCUGGGGGGGGAACAACUGAUUAUGCUGUCCAGAUUUUCCAUGAUGCCAUAAAGACUGGCAAAUUCAAGUGCUACCUGAGGCCGGACACCCGGCUGCCCAUGAUGUACAUCGAUGACUGCCUGAAGGCCACGCUGGAGAUCAUGGAGGCCCCUGCAGAAGCCCUGACCAUGAGGACCUACAACAUCAGUGCCAUGAGCUUCACUCCUGAGGAGCUGGCUCAGGAGGUGCAGAAGUAUGUUCCUGAGCUCCAGAUGACCUACAACGUGGAUCAAGUCAGGCAGGCCAUAGCUGACAGCUGGCCCAUGAACUUCGAUGACAGCAACGCCCGCAGGGACUGGGGUUGGAAACACGAUUAUGACCUCCCGGAGCUGGUGACCACCAUGUUUAGCUACCUUGGGUCUGACUCUAGGAUUGCCCAAGCUAACUGAAAUGCUUUCAGAUGUUUCCAGAUUUCCACAGAGGACCAGGAAGAAAUGGAUGAAUUUUAGUUUCUAAUUUUCCGAGUCUUAGAGCAUGUCAGUUACUAAUUUUUGUAAGUAGUGACAGAGUUGGGCAGAAAUGUCCUAUAGCUGGAAUGUCCUUUAGAUAAACAACAGCACUGGGUGCUGACCCCAAACACAGCACUGCUGACAAACACAGAGUUCUUGAACUUUCACACUUAGUGCUAUUUUGGUGUUUUUCCCUUACUCCUGGCUGAUGGCUCUCCAAUCAUUCCUGCCUCUUCCGUGGCAAACAACAUGGGAUAGUAUUAUCCAACCUGGCCUUUCAGGCAUAUCCCAAAAACUUAACCAUAGGUUUUGCUUUUUCCUGGUGGAGGAUGUUAGGUUGUAGCAAGAACCUUUUUACUCUUUGCUUACAAAAGAGACAUCAGACGCGCUGUUUCAUGUUUCCAAAUUGCAGGGGGUUGUUGCAAUUCUAGUUUGAAAUCAAACUUUGCUCAAUAGCUCCUAUUUAUAUCUCUCUUUAGUGCUGUCUAAGCAUACACUUUUCUAUACCUCGGGCAUACAGAUUAGCAUUCUUAUGAUGCUGCUUAUAAAUGUGAAGUGGAAUAGGACUUGAAUUCUCAUCCUGCUUUAAAAAAAACCCAGGGUUUACAAGCAAAGCUUUGUCCUGUUCUCUGCAAGUGCUGCUGCCUUCAGUGCAGCCUCGGAGGGAGAGCUAAACUCCAAAGAGCUGUUCUGUGGAUGUGAGUCUGGGUGGGAUUUCAGGGAGGCCAAGCCUCUGGCUGGGGUUUUUAGCAGUACUUUUGGUUCUUCCGAUUGUUUGGAGUCCCUGCACAGUGUCACAUUGCCUGGAACAAGUUUUAAAUGUAGGCUGAGGAUGGAGCCUUACUGUAGAGUUGGGUCAGCCUUUGAAAUCUUUUCUGUUCACCCCAUUUCCCACGUGCACUGAGUUUGUAGAUGCUGUUUAUAUGUAACUCAUACCCUUUUAUUCUUCAGAGAGGGAUCCAGAAGCUGAAACAAUCUUCUAGCUUACAGCUAAGGGCUGUUCUGCUCGUUGAGUUUCAUGCACAGGAGAUUCUGGGAUGAACAAGGGAGUUUUAGAUGUGUGAGAGGAAGAGGUGUCAGUUCAAAAGCUGCUUAGGAGAGACUUCAGGAAAUGUUAAACUGGAGGACAGGAAAGCCAUUGUAGGUAAAAUACCAGUUUCCAUGGAUGUGAGUCUGAGCUGUCAUCUACUCCAGCUGAGAAGCAGCCUGUGGGAGCUUUGGACUUUUAUUUUUUUUUUCAAAGAAAAAAUACCUUUCAUUUUCAAAAUGACUGGAAAUUCCCUGCAGGAAGCUCUCCUUUUUUUUUUUUUUUUUUUUUUUUUUUUUUUUUUUUUUUUUUUUUGGUCUUGUAUGUUCCUGUAGUGUGUGUAGGUAAAAACAUUCAAGUAUAUAUUUUUUUUUUUGCCUACAACUUGUUUGCUCUGUUUUCUGUGAUGGUGCUUUGGUGGUUGUGAGUCUGUUGUGUUCUCUGUAACCCUGCCAUGAUCAGACUUUUGUCCCUUUGUGCAGAAGUUCUCCUGCAGGGAAUAUGUUUCCUCACAAAAGUAACCUUCCAAUGAAGAUCUGUGGUGAAACCCAGUUAUUUGAAACAUUUGUUACACUUGUAUCUCUUGGUUUUGUAUGUAUUUUAUCCUUUCAUCUGUGGGCAAAGUAUGAAUUUCCCAUGUAUUUAAGCUCAAGGGUCGUGGCUGUUACUGAAACAUUUUUAUAUUGUUUACAUUGCUGAAAGGACAAAUUUUUAAACUUUGGCCACUUUGUAACUCUCACAUAGCUCAAGUGUAAUUUUUCACCCAAUGGGCCUGUGAAGUCGGCCCUCCCUUCACAUCCUCUGAGGAGAGACUGGCUGGGCUUUGUCCUCUGCCCAAAAGGAUGGGAUCCAGACUGGAUUAUCUCCCAGGGAUCUGGAGCCAGCAGAUGAAGGGCUGGAAAGGAGCUUGAAGUGUCUUGUCCACUCCUCAGUGCCUCUGUUCCACCUCUGGGAAGUGUAAAAUAAAGAGUUUUUGGUGGGUCUCACUCCAUGUCCUUACAUCACUCAGAGUCCUGGGGUCUGAUCCCCUCAGCCUCACUCCCAGCUCCAGUUUCAUUGGAGUCAGCAAGAGUGAGGAGCAGGAACUUACUUUCUUCUGAAACACUGUCAUUGGUGGUGGAAUUACACAAAAGCCUUGGAACAGGUGUCAUGGCAAAGGUGGAAUUCAAACCUAUGGCAUUUUGAACACAGUUUUGGUUUUCCUGUCAAGAUGUUACUGGCCUCAUUUAGGAGCAGCCAUUUAAGCAGAUUAGUUUUUUAAAAGUCUGAAAUAAACCAUGUUCCUAUAGAGAGUGGUCUAGAGGAAACUGUGGUGACAAUCAGGGAAUGUAAUUAAAUCUGUCUGCAAGGUCUGCAGCCUGUUUGAAAUUCUCAUUUUCAAUCUCAUCAAUGAUCUGUAUAGUUUAGCCCUCAUGUUUUCCACAUUAACUUUUCUUGUAAUGAUGUCACAAUUUUUUUUCUUUGUUAAACCAACUUGAUGUGGUUCAAAAUAUCUACCUUUUUCUACCUGUUGGAAGUUUGACUUCUGGGCAGAGACUUCUCUCAUGACACUUGAGCAGUGUGGUUGUUUAAUUACUUAUUCAGGACAAAAAGAAAUUUAAAAAAAGGUUGUUAAGAAUAUUUUUUCAACUAUUGUUAGUUGUGGGUGAUGCCUACUUUAAUAAAAUCCUUUGCAGAUGGA